CAUUUUCUUAUUUCAGUUGAAGUGCGAUUGUAGGCGCAUUUACUACGAUCGUCUUGCGUGUGUCAUACCUCCGAGUUAUAAAGACUCCGACGAUUUUUCAUCGAUUCUUACACGACUGCGCCUUGACGAACAGCAGCAUUCUAGGAAAAGCAUUCCCUACGCGUUAUAAAAACUAGACCAGAGAAAGUCGAAUAAUUUACCGGUUGAUUGAUUAAACGUGAUACGCAAACAUAUUGGAUAAAUUGAGGAAUAUCUCUCGAAUCCAAAAUCACCGGUGAGAUGGCACGAAAAAACAAAGAUUAUAUCGAAGAUAUGUUGGAUAUAUCGGAACAUUUGGACACUAGCGAUUACCGAAACGAAAUACCUGAAUUCUACGCUGGAUGCAACGUCUUAAUAACGGGUAGUUCCGGUUUUCUCGGCAUACUUUUAAUAGAAAAAUUGUUAAGAUGCUGUCCGGAUAUGAAAAAGCUAUACUUAUUCAUGAGGGCAAAAAAAGAAAAGACGCCUGAACAACGUUUUAAAGAGCAUUUUAAUAACUGUAUUUAUGACAGAUUGAAAAAAGAGCAAUCUAACUUUAGUACCAAAAUAGCAAUGAUAGAGGCUGAUGUAAGUAAAUUGGAUCUUGGAUUAUCGCAGAAAAAUCGAGAACUUCUCUUAAACACUAACAUAAUUUUCCACGCGGCGGCGACUGUACGUUUUAAUGAAACAUUACGAGUCGCCACGAACAUAAAUAUAAGAGGUACAAAGCAGCUUCUUCUUUUUGCGAAAGAAAUGCCAAAUUUAAAGGCAUUUGUCUAUGUAUCUACUGCGUUUUCUAAUUGUAUACAUAAUUUCAUUGAGGAAAAAUAUUACCCUCCGCCUAUAAAAACGGAUCAACUUUUAACUUUACUCGAUAUCAUGGAUGACGAAAAGUUAAAUAAAUUUGCGCCGAUAUUAAUAGAUAAAUGGCCGAAUACAUAUGUAUUUACAAAGGCAAUCGCUGAAGACACAGUACGGCAAUACAGUGUCGGAAUUCCGACCUGUAUCGUACGACCAUCGAUUAUAACAACGACGGCUGAAGAGCCAGUGAGUGGAUGGAUCAACAACGUAUAUGGUGCAGUAGGUGUAGUUAUGGGUAGUGCCAUAGGUUUAUUACGUAGUUUGCACUGUGAUCCUGAUAUUGUAGCAGAGAUAGUACCUGCCGAUUAUGUCAUUUCGCAUCUCAUCGCUGCAAGCUGGGACACUGGUAAAAGGAAGAAUAAUCUAUUGAGCAUCGAGAAUAUAGAUCCGGACAUUCCUGAAACUGAGAGAACUCCAAUUUAUAACUAUGUGUCGAUAUGUGAAAAUCCUAUCACCUGGAGAAGGUUUAUGAAAUUGAAUGAAUUUUAUGGCAUGCAGGUGCCGAGUACACGCAUUCUCUGGUACUAUAUGUUUUAUUUAAACAAACACAAAUUAAUGCACGAUAUAUAUGUGUUAUUUCUGCACAUGAUACCUGCUGUCAUAGUUGAUACUAUAUUCCUUCUUAGCGGUCGAAAACCUAUGCUAUAUAAAACUUAUCAGAAGAUAAAUAAAUUUACUUCUGUAUUAUCAUACUUUUCAACAAAACAGUGGCGCUUCAACAAUGACGCCGUUAUAGGACUUUGGAAUCGUGUGAAUCCGGCCGAUCGUCAGAUUUUCAAUUUCGAUAUAAAUAACUUGGAUUGGGAAACAUAUAUCAAAGAAAUGAUACCUGGCAUGCGUCUAUAUUUAGGUAAUGAUCCGAUAGACACUGUAGAAAAAGGACGAGCAAAAUACAGGAAAUUAAAGAUCGCUCAUUAUACUAUAUUAACAAUUAUCGGUGUUUUAUUAAUAUGGGGCUUUAUAAGUUUGAUAAAUUGUAUAAUGUCAUUCUUUUAA